AUGACCCCACUUCAUUCAUCAGUUAUCAGUGAUCGACCUGAUAUACUGGAACUGCUUCUGAAACAGUUGACAACAGAUGAAAAUGUCAGACGCUCAUUGCUUUUAGCCAAUGAAAAAGAAGGAAGAUCUCUUAUCCACUUGGCUGCAAGCCUGUGUACAGAGAAAUGCCUUAGCCUACUGCUGGAGUGUGCAUCCCUGGAUCUGGACAUUACAGAUCUCCAUGGUCACUCAGUGUAUCAGGCAGCCUCUAAAGCAUGCAAAGAUUUUCUUGACCUACAUGACCAGGAGAGGAGUAGGCAGGUAACCCUUCUGGUUGAGCUGAAAACACAGCUAGAGGGUGCUACUGUCAGCUGCACACGCAUUGGCACCAUCGAGAUUACACCGUCUACAUCAUGGAGUCAUCUGGAAAUCCAGCUGCAGACGACACUUGCAGACUUUUUGUCGCAGCUAGAUCGAGGUCUGCGUACUCGCCGCCUGGCUCGAUUUUAUCGUUGGAGUCCAUGUAUGCAGACAGAAAAACAGCCUUUCAGCAUAGCCAGCAACAACAAUGACAAGAAAGCUGCCAUUAUAAUUGAUGACACAAAUAACCUGUGUGAACUGAUUGCCUUUGACAUUCUGCACCCUGUGCCCAUCCUUCAUAGCUACCUUCGCUUGCUGUCCCAGUAUAAAAGUGCAGUGUUCUACGGACCAGUCCACAGUGGCAAGUCUUACCUAGUCCAGCGCCUUGCUCAGUGUCUUGCUACUGAAGAGAAGGGCUUUGGUCGAAAACCAGCCAUUUUUAAGAUGUCACUUACAAACAAGACCAGUCAUGAAGAUCUUUUGGCUUUCUUGAAGCAGAAAGGCUGCUUGCUGCCAGUGGAGCAGCAAACACCUAUGUCACCAAUCCUUUUGCUGGAAGAUUUGGAGCUCGUGAGCAUGGCCACCUUUUUUGGGGAAUUACUAGAUCCUCUGUUACAACGAGGCAUGCAAUAUGCCUUUUCUCUCACAGAAGACUCAAAAGCAGGUCAGCUAUACUAUUUUCCAGAAUCCUUUUACCUGCUUGGGACUCUGAAUAGGACAAGGUCCACAGGGAUUGAUUUGUCCAUUCAACAACGUUUUCGAUGGGUUCAGUUUCGACACGAUGCAGAGCCACUGCGCAAUCUUCUGGCACGCCACUUCCUGCGGCGUUUGUACCAUCUUGGGGAUGGGAAGCUCCCAGCUUUUGAUGAUCCAUUGCUGCAGGCAACAGAAUGGAUCAUCUGUGUGUGGCAGCGGCUUAACGACAGCCUGGGAAAGUUAGGUCUACCUAACGUUGCUCUUGGACCUUGCUGCUUUUUUAAGUGUCCAGUGGAAAAACGAAAUCCAAAAGUCAUUUUGCAAUGGGUGCAGGAUCUGUGGAACUCAGAAGUUGUGCCUCAGGUUCGUGAGGCUGUGAAGAAGGGAACUGGUAGUGAGACACAGGGACAGCAGAAGGGGAGACAAAUAAACAAAAGAACCUCAGGAGGCACAACUGCAGUUCAGCUGGCAGGCCGCCGAGUCAGGCAUACUAACUGUAGUACAGAAGAUUCCUCCUCCCCACCUUUGCAGAUGGACACACAGCAGAAUGUAGAGGGCUCUCCUUCUGUUGUUACCGCCCCGUCACAGAAUGGAACAGAUAGACAGGAAUUUGGAAGACCUUUUGAAUUUUUUACUGGAACCAACAUUAAGCAUCGCAGUCUGUCUGAAUCAAGUGUGAACAAAACUCUAGAGUUACUAGAUGACCUGGACAGACAACAGGGAAAGCACAAUCAGUUUCAGCAGACAAAACAACAGAUACUACAAAAUACAGACUCGUUCACCACUUCAUCACAUCAGGCAAAGGUGCCCAAGCUGGAGAUGAGAUCCUCUCGAAUUCUCUCCCUUUCCAACUCAUUCAAAACACUGUCAAGAAAUAACAGUGGUGAUGACAUUGGUUGCUGUGAUGAACAAGGUCAAGCAGUAAAAGUCAAUCCUUUGCACGUACCAGUGCGACCUGGGGCAGGGCAACAUCUACAUCAUCACAACAAACACCACGCCCACAAGAAGUCACGGUCAUCAGAAAACAUCUCCCCAAGUGGACUGUUUGCUGGGGGCAUGCAUCAAUCUGUAAAUCCUUUCUCGUUCUCACUCAGCACACCAAAAUCAAGUUUAACAUCUUUUAAAUUUUUUGAGAAGCCUUCUCCUCUUUUAUCAUCCCAGACAUCAUUAUCAUCACCAGAAGCAUCAUCAUUAUCAUCCACAGCCUCUGCUAUGUCACUUUUACAGUCUUUAGCACCAGCUUUUUCUUCAGCUUCACCUUCAGCUUCAACAUAUGACGCCAAGGGUUCAGCAGGUUCAUCUUUUGUGAUCAACUCCGAAAAUCAGUCCCACACUUCCCCAGUCAUUGGUACACAGUCAGAAUUUGCUGAGACAAUGAACGCCAGUCAAGUCCCAAGUAGACCAAGAGGUGAUUUGGUAAUAGAAGGCUGCACUAGGGAAGCCACAGAAUCUUGAUAAGGUCUCAGCAGGAACUGUUUUCUGAAUUCGUCCUUCGGAGUAUGAAAUGUGAAAGACUGUUAAAAAUCUUGUGCACUUCAAAAUUGGAGUUGUAUUUUGCUGAUGGAGACUGUAUGAAGCAUUCUGUGAUGCCAUUGCUGCAUGUGAACAAGGAGAGUCUUCAAGUUUUACCAGAGUGCAACAUUUUUUGUCCUUAAUAUGUGGGUUUAUUUUAAUUCCUCGUCGGUAACAGAGGUCAGGUCUGUGGCAUUGUAGUUUACCAUUGCAGCUAAUAAACAGGCUUCCAGCUGUUUAAUUGGCUGUAAUCUUGACAAAAUAAAUGUAAUCAUUCUUUCCUAAAAUUUUUGUCACAAUUUUGCCUCUUUCAGUGCACAGGUGAGAGUAUAAAAAUGUUAAAGCACAAACUUGUAAAAUACCUGGACCUUGCAAACAUUGUUUUGGGGAUUGUUUCUUUCUAUGUCACGCUCUGUAGUACCAAUAUGGGAGACCUAUAUUGGUGUGGAUGUUGCUUUGGGCUUCUGAAAAUGACUUCCUAGGUUAUGACCGGCCGUCCAUGUCAUAUCGGUCUUUUUUAAUUGUCAAAGUUUUUUGUGGGUGUGCUUUGGCAGUUUGUGGUCAGAGGCAGUUCAUUUGUUUAGUCAAAUGGAGACAGUAGUGAUGACAUAGGUUUAUUUAGUCUAGUGGAGAGUGGACUGAAAACAGGUUUGUUUAUUAGACCUGUGGAAGCUACACUGAGAGACAUAAGUUUUAGGUUGACACCUAUUCCCUAUUUUUGAAAGCCUGGAUUUAGGGUCUGUUUUCAUUGGCCUUAACCUUGUGGGCAGGCUUAUAUUUGUAUUCUUGAAAUAUAUUUUUAUGUACAUCCUUAUUGUGACAUUUUGUAAAUUAUUCUGCCUUCAGAUAGAAACUAUUGUUCACAUGCAACUUAACCUGGGACAGUGAAAGAACUAUUACUAGCAUCCUGUUAACACUGGGAAACUGAGAGGGAUUACAAGGAGCUAGAUCAGUGAAUCUCUUUUUUAAGACAAAGAAACUGUUUAUUUUUUGGUUCAUGUUGUUAUUCUUCGGUUAUGUAAAUAUGAUCAUCGUCUGCCCAUAUCAGUCUCUGUAGAUGCCAGAGGGCUUUUAAGAUUUUAUGUUUUAUUUCCCAGCUGUUAUAGUCUAAGGUGUUCUACGCAUAUUUAAAUUUUUGUGUAAAGUUAAAGAUACCUUUGGCUGAAGUACAUAAGCAUUCAUGACUCCUUUCUCUUACAUAAAGUUCAGAAGGUUGACAGCCUCCUCUGUAAAUCUUUUUUGUUAUGUAUGGAAAAGGUUAUGACUCAUACAACCCAGCUCAGGAUAUUUUUGACACUAUACACUAAUACAGCUGUUUGAAAAAAUGGAUACACCCUUGAUUAUUUUGAGCACUUUAGUACAGUUGUUUGCCAUGCACACACCCUGUGUUCAUAUGGAUUGUUAUCUUUUUGUUUAUAACUAGAAUUAAUGGCCUCUAUAUAUAUGUAUAUGAAGCCUUCAUGACAUUUUAUUUUCUGGUGCCUGAUUUGUUAUUGUAAUAUCAAUUGCGCCAGAGAUUCCAAAUGGCUUUGUUUUGCUUACCUGAGAAGACAGGACUUUAUGGCCAGAAAAUUUACUCCAGGAAAAAAAAUUUUUUUUCCUUUGUCUGUAUAAAGUGGGCGAUAAGUCUGAGAAUAGGUGACAUGCAUACGUGUCUGCAUGACUGAUGUGAUGCGAAAGUUUUUUAAAGACAUUUUCUUAUGCACAAAGGUGAGAUCAGUUUUCUUUUUGAAUAUGACUAGAUGUGCACAAAUAAAAUCGUCUGUGAUUGGAAUUUGGUAAUUAGUGAAUGAAAGUAAAUAACUAAAGCAAAAUUAUAAGUCACUGUGAUACCUGUCAAGAGAUCUGAAAACAUUUUAUGAAGACAGUUAAAAAACAGACAAAUCUCUUUUUUUCAUAUCUUAAAUUCUGUAUGUAGAAAUGUAUGCAUUCAUUUGCAGACUUGCCUGAUUCAUGUUUUGUGAUCUUACGAAAUAGAGCACCACAAUGAUGAAGUAAAAAUAGCAUGCAGUCUUUUUAUUUUGAAUAUGUAAGCCCACUCAGUCACUUUCCUCCCCCAGCCCCCAACUCGGUUGUUGUAAGCUACAGCAAAGAUAACUAUGUUUGGGACUAAAAUGGUCAGUUCAAUCAAGUCAAUCAUUCGAAGUGAAAGUAGAGAUGAAAGACUCUUGGACAGAAUGAAAGGAUCUUGAAAGAAUGCGUGUAUUUUAAUUUAAAUCAGGUGUUUUUGUUGGGAAAAAUCAUUUUGUGUAUACUUUGUUGAUGGUUGGGCAGACUGUUUUAGCUGCAUAAAGAAGUUACUUUUGUUUGUAUGUUAAGAUUUUCACCUUUGUGAAAUAUCCACUUUAGUGGAUUUUUACACUGUGCAAAGAUUGUGAUUUAUUUCAGGGAGGCUGGUCUUGUUCAUGUUGAUACAUCAGGGAAACAUACCCAAAUGGUUACUUUGUUAAAGCUAUGUGUUCAGACAGCAUAUGUGGAAAAGUAAACAACUUCAAAGAUAAAUUUUUGCCAGCAGUAUAUAUUGUAUUCAUUAACAUUUAUUACUAUCUUAUAAAUGAAACAGAGUGAGGUGAGUGCGCUUUUGUCUGUUGCUCGGAUUAGACUCUGUGCAAAUCCACAGUUUGCCCAGUCCUCCCAGAUUUGACAGGAACUUUUUUUUCACCUCUGUAAGGUCUUAAGCUAUAUUUGGUUGAUGCAUGAUGCUACACGGCACAUUUAUUUUCUUUUCUGUGGAAUUGCUGUAGGCUUCAAAUAAUGAACGAAAAAUAUCUGCUAUGCAGAACCCAAGUGCGUUAUGCUACUACUACGCAGGCCAAACAAGCAAAGUAAUUUGAUAGCAGAACUCACUGAAUCUCACUGAAGGUAUCAUGGAAAUUUGAGAAAAUGUCAAUGAGACAGAAUGAGAAAGCAAAAGGAUGUGGGGGAUCAGAAGCAAGGGGGAGGGAGCAAGGACAUCUUGUGGCAGCAGCUUACCUCCCACCCCUUCACUAGACGCUUGUAACGCCGUGGUUUUUUAAUUUUUUUAUAUCUCCUAUCGGUAUUAGUGAAGUUAACUUGCAUUGUAAAAAUAAAUUAUACUGAGAUCAAGCAUUCUUUUAUCUUGCUAAUUUUGCUAGCAAAUCUUCAAAAAAUUAAAUGAAGAGACUUCUUUUCACCUUCCAAGUCCUCCCUAGCUGGCUAAGGAGGGUGUGCGAACUUACCUUUUUUCAUCUCAAGGCCAUCACAAGUAAAAGAAGUGUGGUUGUAAGGGGUCUCUCACCUCACCAUCGUUGAUCUGUUGUAUGUGAAUGAACAUUGUGUUGACAGUCACUUGAAAUGCUGGGUAACCUGCCUGGUUAAAAAUAAAAUCGGAGCUGUUUUGGGUUGUUUUUUUUGGCAUGUAAACAUUACAUACUGCUUUCUUUAAUGAAUCCCUCUCCUACACUUUUUACUGGAAUCAGAGCUAGACAAAAGCAUAAGAUUUUUGAGGAAAAUCUUCAUCAACAAUUUGAAUAAGGAUGAUGUCAAGUGUUCAUGUUGGAACCUUCAGAAUAUUAUGUGCAUUUCUGACUAUACUUGUGAACAUAAAUUAGAUUAUCGUGGUGCAAUCAGGUAAUUUUUCUUGGAUUUUUGGGGGUGAUAAAGACAUUGAGAAUAAACUGUUAUGGUAAAUUACAGUUGACUACUGUUUGAAUGAUGUGCUUGGUUCUUAUGUUUGACACAUUUAAUUGCUUUUAGUAAAGGUAUAAUUAAUGUUUUGAAAUAUCAUAUCAGAACUGAAAAACAGACACAUACUUCAGCACACAGGUAAAGUUUGAUCAGACCAGGUUUGCAUCUUAUGAUUAUGACAAGCCCAUUUCAGCUGAUUUGUGCUGCGGCUUCACACUGUUUGGGCUUGAAAUUGUUAGUGAAAUGUGUUACCCAAGGCAUAUAUAUAUGGAAAUGUAUUGCGCAGUGGCAAUAUUUUGUGUAUUAUGUUAACAUGAUGCAGAUUUUUGCUACACUUGUAUUUUUCGAUGUAAAUACUAACCAAAAGUGUGUGUUUAAAUGGUUUUAAAUAAAAUUAUGGAAGCAAACAAAUUUUUGAAGAUGCCAUCUUUCUGCCCAUCACUGUAAAAACAAACUAGUAAAAGAAGAAAUGGACAGCUUUAAAGUCUCUAGCAGCUGAUUUGAACAAAUGUGAUGAACAAGGACCUUUUUUUAUUGCCCCUAUAAGAAUGUAAAUCGGUAUAAAUUAUAAAGGCAUCUGUAAGCAUGUGUUUCAUGAAAAGCUACAGCUAAUGUUGUAUAGAAGGCAGACGUUAAUGUGUUCUAGAAAAAUAACUUCACGUCAGAUGUGCUUGAACAGAAACCAGAAGCUAAAGUUGCAGACAAAGUCCUUCAGAACUUUGCAUUCCUGGUGUCAGUGCAAGUGUUGUUCUCGCCCAGAAUAGCUGCUAUUUUUAAGGAUAAAGGGAAAGGAAUUCCUGGAGCACUUAGUGAAAGGGAAAUCAGUCAAUUCCAGUCAUGUUAAUUAUUAAAGGAACUUGUAAAGGCCACAGCUACAUGGAGUGACGCUCUGUGUGGUGACCAUUCAUGGCAAAAUGUAUGCACCAGCAUCAAAGCAUUUAAAAAUGGGGUUUUGUUUAGAUGUUUAGACUUUUUUUUUUAAGAAACUAGCUGUUGUCAUCUUCAAAAUCCUUUCUUGUUUUGAAGAAUGUGUGCACGCAUAUUCGUAAGGGCAUGCAAUGAUGUGUGUACGCUGGAUGUUGACUAGUAUUUCUGGCUGUUGACUUUUUUCUGUGGACCAACUUCUUAAAGGAUUUUAAAGAGACAGCUUAUUUUUUUAUUUUACCCUUUUGUUAAAUAGCUUUGAGUUGUGCGUCUGUUUUAACAGAUAAAAAGGACUGAAAGCGUGAAUUAACCUAAUUUUGACGAAGUCAAUGUUUAUCUGACAUGAGUGUGAAAUGAACUGUGUAGAAGCUUAUUCUACUUGUUUUGUCAUCUUAAAAUGAUUAAUCCAGAAGUUAUUCCAUAUGUUUACGUUAUAAGUAGAUGUUAAAGUCAGUUUUUCUGAUAAGUGAAGCAAAUUGUAAAAUAAUGUUUUGAUGGGAAUUCUUUAAUUUUUGAUAAGCUUGCCUUCCACCAUCACUUGUUUGUGUGUGUGAAUGAGAGAGAGAUCAUGUUUAUGUGUGUAGACGUCUGUGCAUGCUGGUUUAAGUAGCAUUAUCAGUGUGCACAAGUAAAACCAGGAAUCAGUUUAUCCAUUUCUGUCUGGUUACAUUUUCCUUUUUUCAAACCAUUGGUAUUUGACUCUGCUAAUUCCCAUCCAUGUACAGAAACAAUAUAAGCAAGAAUAAGACAGUUGAAUCUGAAUGUUAUUUUGUUUGCUGAGAGAUUAUUUCACCUCCACAGUUUUAAUGGCUUCGUGUAAAGUUGGGGAGUGACAAAGAGACAGCACUUGCUCAUCUUGAAAAAAAGAGUCGAUGUUUUAUUCAGCAGAGAGUGGUGAUGAAGGGACUGAGAUCUUUUCCGUCAGUAUAGUUUGACUUGUGGUAGGUAGUUUUCAGCCAUCCAAAAUCACAUUGUUGAUUUGUCACAAUCUUCAGUCGUCUAUAGUCAUGGAGAUUUGUACCAAGGGAACUCUUCUUGCUGCAUCCAAGAAUUUGCAAUCAAGACACAGUAGAAGUAGUUUAGAAUAAGUUAAACUACUUAGAAAGCAUGCAAGGAGUCAGGAGUUUAUCUGGCAUUUGGACAAAGGUCUUUGUAGUGGGUCAUUCACUCUGCAGCAUGUCUGUAAUCCUUUUACCUUUUAGAAGUAGUGUUAGUAAUCGUAAGUAGCCUUCGGCAGAAAGACAAGUUACAAACAUAAAAUUCAAGUUGCAGGCGGAGAGCCACUGUUGGAGAGUGUGUUUGUUUUGCUUGGUUGUGAUUUGUGCCAGCAAUAUAGACAACCAUUUAAACGCCAGCUUUUCAUGGAGAAUUUUUCCUCAGAAUGCAUGAUGGCUGUCAGUAUUUUGCAAUAAAACUGUUAUCAUCUAA